GUGGAUGUUAAACAAUCUCUUCGGUUUCUAUAAAUUCUCCAAGAUCGAUCUGACAAACGACUUCCUCCUAAUUAAUUUUCUACCUUAAUCUAGAUCACCAAACCCCUCAAACCCUCAUCUCCAACUCGAUCAAAAAUGGCAAUUCGACAUGGUACAGUACUCAGUAGUUGUGAUAUCAAUUCACUGGUGGAAAUAACCUCAAGAAAGACCAUCAAACCAUCAUCUCCAACUCCUCCUCACAAUAGAAUUCUUAACCUCUCUCUUCUGGACCAACGUUUGCCUUCUACUUUAUAUGGAACCAUCCUAUGGUUCUUCCCAAACCACAAUGCUUCGGAUUUUGCUUCCAAAAUUUCAGAGAGUACUACAAGAAAAUCUAAACGCUUGCAAGAUUCUCUAUCCAAAACUCUAGUUCAUUUCUAUCCAAUGGCUGGCCAACUCAAAAGCCCGGCGUUAGUUGAGUGCAAUGAUGAAGGGGCUCAUUUUCUGGAAGCCCGAGUUAACUGCCAGCUUUCAGACCUUCUCAGACAACCCAAUCCCGAGUUACUCCACCGCUUAAUGGCCCUAAAUGAUCCUGAAACUGCCAACGUAGCUUUGGGAUCUACACUUUUGCUGGUUCAAAUCAGCAUUUUCAACUGUGGAGGAAUUGUUGUUGCUGUGUCCCCUUCGCACAAGAUUGCAGAUGCAGCAUCAGUCCUCACGUUCGUGCAAGCAUGGGCAGCGAUAAAUCGUGAUGAUGGAGCCCUCGGACAGCAAUUGGUGCCGCCGGAGUUUAUUGGAGGGUCUUUGUUGCCGCCUAGAGAGCUAUCCUUGCCGUCCAUCAAGGGAUCCUUGGAAAUCCGGAGUCAAAGUUUAGUUGCAAGAAGGUUUGUAUUCGAUGUCUCGAAGGUAGUCAGUCUCAAGACAAAAAUUGGAAGUGUUGUCCAAACCUUCAUCCCAUCAACCAUACAACUUGUUUUGGCUAUGAUUUUGAGAUGUUCUAUUGCUGCUUCUCGUCAGUGCAAGCCUGAGAGUUCGAUCAAGCCAACGGUGGUGUCCCAAAUGGUGAGCUUCCGCAAAAGAAUCGUCCCGGAGAUAUCAGAAAAUGUCAUGGGGAAUUGGUUUUGGUCAAUUCCAGUGUUGUUAAAAGAAAAUGAGACUGAAUUACACGAUUUGGUGAGCAAAAUGACGCAACGAGUGACAGAAUUUCGCAAUGAGAAGGCCAGCGGAUUUAAAGGUGAGAAUGGAUUUUUAGUGGUAUCUGAGUGUGUAAGAGAGAGGGCUGAUAUUUUUAAUAGCAAUAACAACGUAAAUGUUUAUAAAACCACAAGUUUGUGCCAGCUUCCUCUGUAUGAAAUGGAUUUUGGAUGGGAGAAACCUGCGUGGGUCACAAGCCUAAGUGUCCUCAAGAACAUAAUUGUUUUGGUUGCCACAAAAGAGAAAGAUGGUAUCGAAGCUUGGGUGACCCUGGAUGAAAAAGAAAUGGCCAUAUUUGAGUCUGAUCAAGAGCUUCUUGCAUUUUGUUCUGUCAACCCCAGCAUUGGCCAUUCCGGGUUGGUCCAGGGUUUUCCAAGGACCAUGGCGAGGAUAUAAAUUAUGCUCUUUAGGAAUUUGGUCUAUUUUUAAGUUUUGAGUUUUGUUCUUUUUAUACUUUAUUGGAAUUUUCUAGUAUAAUAAAGAUUAUGAUUGUAUCCUAUUUGUUUUCCUGUUUGAUCAGUAUUAAGUCUUUAUUAAUACGCGUCUUUAACGCUUUAGGAACAAGUUUUGACAAGAUUUUAUCUUUCGUUAGUUAUGUAACUUGUAAUGUUAUGAAUGUAAUCUUAUCCUUUAUUUUUGUCAA